GCAUGGCUACUGAAUUACACACAGUCUGACUGCAGUGCAGCAGCGGGGAGGAUCGAGUCAGUUGUGUCGAAAUCUGAUCGCCGAGUGUUUCUCCAUCACUCUCCAGUUGUUUUGUUCUGAUCAAGAUGGGAACGAGAGACGAUGAAUAUGACUACUUGUUUAAAGUGGUUCUGAUCGGAGACUCCGGCGUGGGGAAGAGUAACCUGCUGUCUCGUUUCACCCGCAACGAGUUCAACCUGGAGAGCAAAAGCACCAUUGGAGUGGAGUUUGCUACACGCAGCAUCCAGGUGGAUGGCAAGACUGUGAAAGCUCAGAUUUGGGACACAGCCGGACAGGAGCGCUACAGGGCCAUCACCUCAGCGUACUACCGCGGUGCUGUGGGGGCUCUCUUGGUGUACGACAUUGCCAAACACCUGACCUAUGAGAAUGUAGAGCGCUGGCUGAAAGAGCUCAGAGACCACGCAGACAGCAACAUCGUCAUCAUGCUGGUUGGCAACAAAAGCGACCUUCGCCACCUACGUGCUGUACCCACCGACGAGGCGCGUGCAUUCGCAGAGAAAAAUGGGCUGUCUUUCCUCGAGACAUCAGCUCUUGAUUCUACCAACGUUGAGACUGCUUUUCAGACCAUCCUUACUGAAAUCUACCGCAUCGUGUCCCAGAAGCAGAUGUCAGACCGCCGGGACAACGACAUCUCGCCCAGCAACAACGUGGUGUCCAUCCAGAGAAGUGGUUCUGGUGCAUUUCUCAGUGAAAUGUGGCACAUGGACGCCUCUGGUUUCAUGCAUGCGCUCCCACUGGGCUUUCCCCUCCCUGCUCUGCACAGUGAGGCCUUCAUCACAUGAUCUUCUAGUACUAUAAUAGUGGCAUUUAGUUUUACUGCUGCUCUUCUGGAUGUUCCCGAUGCUCUGAUGUGAUCUGUUAUUCACAUUGCCAAUCUAUUAAACAGUGAUUAAUGCCAUAAUUCUAUGUCAAUCUGUAAAAAGAUCAAACAAGGUUUAAUUUGUUGCCAGGGUACACACAUUUUAGAGCAAUCUGAAACACUAUUAUAUAAAUAAGGAAGGCUAUGACCAUGACCGUCACAAAUUCAUCAAGUGUAAGGCUGCAGUUUUAACAAGAACAAUGCAUAUAAAGGGAAAAAUACCCUUUCAGCCCCAGUCUAAUGUCAGGUUUAGUUCCAGAUCUAAAUCUAAAAUGCUAGCUUGAUAUGGAUCAACCCAAUCAGCUCAUAUAUUCUAUGCUGUCAACAGGCACAAUGACUCGUGAUUCAUCCACAUCAUUUACAACUCAAUACACAUUUAGAUUUACAUUUGUGGCAUUUAGCACACGCUUUUAUCCAAAGCCUCUUACAAUUAUGACUGAAUACAAUUAGAGCAGCUGAGGGUUAAGGGUCUUGCUGACGACUUGUGUAAAUGAAUUAUUCAAAUCUGUAGUCAUAUAAAGAACAAAUAAUUAGGGUGUCUGUGGAAAAUUCAUCCUUAAGGAAUUGGCCCCAAAAAUACAUAUUGGUUAAAACUGCAACUUCCAUAUUCUAGAACGUCAGCUAGAUAAUUACCCACUGUUUAAAUGUGAAUACCUGAUAUCAUCAGUAGUCGAAAAUAUUCUAAACUUAGUAUCAUAAUGGUUCCUUUUCAGAUAGAAAUGUUCCCCUUUUGGUUUUAAUAUCACUAUCACUUAUCACCAUCAUGUCAGUAAUGCUUUGCACCACUUGCUUGCAGAGUUAGCUUAGUUACUACAUCAGGAAUGUAUAGAAGUGUCGGGAUGUUCGCAAGUUAUAUCUACUAGACAGCGUUUUCUAACAGAUGCUGAAAAUGUUCUUGUGGAGCGAGUACUGCAUAGCUGACUAUGCCACCAGCACGUACCUGUUUGUAGACUAGAGCUUUAGUGUUUUUGCACCAGACACUAUUUCUUUGCACAGCUAACCCACACUACAGUUUACUUCUUUAGUCCUUAGAAAACUAUUUAUUCUAUAGUAGACAACUGAUUAAUUAGCUUAUUACUGUGCCUACUAUGUAAGACUCUUGAAUUUAGGAAUAUGUCGGACAAACGAUCAAAUAUAACCUAAGAAUGUAAAAUGUAUUGUAGCCCAGUAUAAUCUUGUGAUUGUUAAAUUAGGCAUUCCUGAUUUAGAAAAAAAAGCUGGAAAAUAGCAGAAGAUGGAAUUUUGUGCAUUCUGGUGGUGAGGAUUGGAAGUGUAAUGCAUGGUAAACCAAAUGACCACAGAUGUGCUGUACACCAGGUAUAUCUUGUCCACAAUGGGAUUGUGUGCUGCAGCCUAGCAUGAAAUCCGCCUGAUUUUAUUUGUUCACUCAGUUGGUCUUGGUCUUCAGACUAUGCUGAGCUGUUAUAUAAUUGAAGCUCCUGCCUGGUUCCAGGAUGAUGCUGCAGUCACACCGCCCCUUUGUGGAUAUGAUCGGAGGCUCAUGCUGUAGCAUAUCUGCUACUCUACCAAUGCUUCUAAAAAAUAUCUGUGACUGUGAAGUGAACGUUUUCCUGAAUUUAGACACUAUGUAGUGACCCUCAGGGUAAGGAUGGAUAAGCAGCCUGUAAUUGCUCUUAGAAUAUUGAGAAGCGUCUAGGUGAGACCACCGACUUGCAUGUUAAAACAUCCCAACAUGGCUUUGUAAAGCAGUAUAUACACAAAAUGCCGCAUCAUAUGCCUGUUAAAUUGGGCGCCAAGUCUCUCUAUGCAUUAUGCCACUAUAUGGUGUUAGGCCUUACUCCAUACUGGCCUUCAGGACCCUAAUUCUAAUUGUGUGACCGACUGGUAGAGGGCAGUGCCAAUGAUGUAUGGGUACAGAUGGCACAGCAGUGCCCAGCCUGAGCAUUGCACAUAGCUGGUAUGUUGUAGUUAGUUUUAGAUAGUAUUGUUCUGACUGUCAGUUAUUCUUCACGUAUUGCCUCAAGGUUUGUCUGUGCUGUACUGUGAUUUUUUUUUUAUGAUUAUACUAUUUCUCUGUCCACUGUAAUUCCAAUUUCAAGUGCAAAAUAAAAUAAGUCAUGUUGAAAUUA